GUACUAUCAGCUUUGUAUUUUUUAAAAAAAAGGAAGAAGAAGAAGAAGAUCUGCCUUGUGUGUUUUCUCUCCACUUCAUGCCCUAACACACUUAAGACAACAACAGAUGGCUGUGUGUCAUCAGAGCGUUGAUUCAAGCCACAUAUUUCCACGGAAAGGAGUCACAGCGGAGAGCGACGAGGGUCCAAAUGGCUGUUUAUUCUGCCACGACUCAUCCCCAGGGUGUGAUGAAGGAAGGUCUACCCUACAGUAGGACACCAAGUCGGCGUUUGCCACGGUGCAGCUACGUCCAGAGACGCCACAGAAGGAUUGUCCGUGCCAAGCGGAUAGUAGAAGCAGCCAAUGCUAAAGAAUAUGAAUAUAUGGAAGGCAGCAUUCCGAUGGAGUGGGACGCUUGGAUCCGAGGCAGACGGAAGGAGCCCCCCUCCAUCGAGGAGCUGCUGAAGAAUGAGUCCAGCAGGGAGCAGAUAAAAACAAAAGCCAAGGAGGUGGAGGAGAAAGAUCUGGCUCUGCUGGCUAAAGAGUACAAGGAGGGUCUGGUGGCGACUCCUGCGAGGACUGUGGCCAAGGGCCAUGCAGCUGCCACCAGCUUCGGAAAGCAAGAAUUCAACGAAGAACCAACCAGCACUGCAAACACGUUCCAGCCUGGCUCCUGGAUGCCCACUUCCAAGAAAGACUAAUCCAAUCAACAAAAGGGGCCCUACAAUAAAAUUACUUGAGAUUUAAUAUUGGAAAUUCCUUCCAGUAUAAUGUAGUCAACGUCCCCAUAAAUUUUGGGUGUUUGCGUUGCCAGACUGCAUUACGGGGGUUCUUCUUUUCUUGCUGCUUGUGUCUCUAUUAUAUAUACACACACAAGAGUAUCCAUCACUUAUCUUGAAGCUGAAUUAAACUAAGUUCGUGCUGGUGAAAGACUGAAUGAUAAGAAACAAAACAAAAUGAAUAAAUUGCACUGAGCACAACUAGAAACAUCUUUCAGGGAAAGUGAAAUAAGUAUAAUUAAUUAAAUGUGGUUACAUUAAAUGAACUGUUAAUGUCUCUUUGUUAGAGAAUAUUGAUUUGAAGAUCACAAAUAAUAAUAAUGUUGCAGUUUAUGGAUUUAAAGACAUUCUUCUCUCACUUAGUUUGACAGUAUAUGUUGGGCAGACACACGGUUCUGUGCAAAGUCUUGAGCUACUCCUGAUUUCUUUGUUUUGCUUGGAAAAUGGGAAAUAGAUGCAGCAAUUUAUCUGAAAUGUGCAAACCUAUAAAAAUACAGUAAACUAGGCAAAAAAGUCAAUAUUUGGUAUCCCUGCCUUUAUUCUUCAGAACAGCCUGAACUCUUUUAGGCAGGUUUUCCUUGUAAUUUCUUUAAUUAUUCUACAGGAAUACUUCUUGAAGGACAUUUAAAGCUCUUCUUUGGAUGUUGGCUGCUUUUUGUUCUGUUUUCUGUCCUGAUGAGCCCACCCUGCUUCAGUAAUAUUGAGGUUCAAUCCAUGACUGAGAUUGUUCCAUUGUGUGUUUUUUCUAUCCACAUAUAUUUUUACUGCAUUUGAAAUGCAUUUGGGAUGAUUUUCAUGCUGAACAAUGGUAUUGCAUGGAGGAUCAUAAUCUGAUGUUCGUAAUUCCAUCAGUUUUAUCAAGAUCUCCAACAUCACUGGUUGAAAUGCAGCUCCAAACCAUGACAGAGCCUGUGCUGUGUUUUGCAGAUGGCUGUAGAUGUUCACUGUUGUAUCUCUCUCCUGACCUCCUCCGUACAAUGCUCAUGACGAUUUAACCCAAAAAUGUCAAAUUUGCAUUCAUCACUGAAUUUUCAGUCUAGUUCUUGUAGAAUAACUCAGCCUUUUCUUCCUUUUUCUCUUUAAGCAUAGAUUCCUCACAGUCACCCUUCCACUGAGACCAUUUAUGAUGAGACUUUUGCAUCUGUGUCAGAUCUUUGCUGCAUUUUUUUUCCCCAUUUCUUAAGGACAUGACUUUCAGAUACCGUUCAUCUUCGAUAGAUAGUUUUGUUUAAGGCUGUCACUUCUUCUUUUGUCCAGAUUCUUUAAAUUUUUUAAGGGCAAACUGCUCAGCAUGCCAAAAUAUUCCAAUUUUUCACCCUGUUCUUGCAAAAAUACUAUUUUACACCUCUCCAAACUGUUAUCUUUGGCAGUUUUCAUAGAUUCUACUACAGAAAUGGUAAUUAUGUAUUUUUGUGACAGGCUGCUAGUAAUAAAGUGCCUAGAGGUACAAUU